GGCAGAAGUUUGCAGACGGAGGUACCAUCCGGCAGACUGCUGGACCGCUGGCGAGGGAAAGUUCGCUUCCUGCGAAAUUCAGCCUCCUCUCUGGAAAAGGAAAAAUGAGGUAAGCAGGGACUCCCCCUACGUAGAUCUGACUCCUCCGGCUUAAAGAUCUCCCGUUCUGCAUUUUGCGCAGCAGGAGUUAGAAUCCUAGAAGGGGAGAGAUGGGAGGGAAACCCCCACCCCGAAUAGCCUGGCCCCCCGGCAAUGCAAGUUGGAUGUUGCUGGACCCCAGCUUCGGCAGCCAGCAUGGCCAAGGGCCGGGGGAAAACGGGAGCGGGAGUCCCGCGACAUCAGGAGAGCGGCAGCUGUGGCUCAGUGGUUAGAGCACCUGCUUUGCAUGCAGAAGAUCUCAGGGCUGGACUAGAUGACUUAAGCAUAUGGGGAGCCGUGCACCUCGUGAUGUACCACAUUCACAGUACAGUGGUACCUCAGGUUACAGACGCUUCAGGUUACAGACUCCCCUAACCCAGAAAUAGUGCUUCAGGUUAAGAACUUUGCUUCAGGAGGAGAACAGAAAUCAUGCAGCAGCAGCAGCAGGAGCCCCAUUAGCUAAAGUGGUGCUUCAGGUUAAGAACAGACCUCCGGAAUGAAUUAAGUACUUAACCCGAGGUACCACUGUACUGAGGAAAAGAACCCCCAGGAAUGUUUCCCUGAAGCACCCACCCACCCAAAAAGAAUCCUGUUAACUGCAGUUAUACACAUCAGAGGGGCAUUUCCAAACAUCCUUCAGUUCCCAGGGUUCUGGCAGUGCGUGCGCACUUUAAAUGUGCUUUGAAGGAUGGUGUGCUCACAGUCUCAGAGGCGUGCUGCCUCUGGCACUGGAGAUCAUAGAACUGUGGAGUUGGCAGAAAUGACAAAGCAUUUUGAGCAUGUGAAGAGGUUUGUGAACAGCAUCACCAAGCCCAUGUCCUCGGAAGAAGCACAGAAUGAGGGCAGUGACUGUGAAUGUACAACCAAUCUCAAGAACAUUCCAGAUAACCAGACGUUGAUUAAGCGCAUGAUGAUCAAAUGUGCAGGUGCUGCAAAUCCAUGUCGCCCUCUGGAACUGUGUAUUGAAUGGGCUGGGAGGAUUUCAGAAGAAAAUUUUGCACAGACGGAUGAAGAAAAGAGACAGGGUCUGCCAGUUGUUAUGCCAGUUUUCGAUCGAAACACCUGUAUCAUCCCCAGGUCUCAGAUAUCCUUCAUUGAUUACUUCAUAAUGGACAUGUUUGAUGCUUGGGAUGCAUUUGCACACCUACCUGUUCUGAUGCAACACUUGGCAAAUAACUACAAACACUGGAAAACACUAGAUGAGCUAAAGUGUAGGAGCCUCCGGCUUCCUUCAGAGAACAAUAAUAUGGCACAUCAUAGCCUCCCACUCACACUGUGAACCACUUACUGGUAUGAACCCAAGAGGGGGCCAUUUCCUUCACAAUGAAGUAACCAACAUGGAGAAGACUAUUGUUUCUCAAUUUUAAAUUGUUCUAAAUUCUACACAACUUUGUCUUUUUAUAUAUAAAAAUGAUAAUCGAGAAACCAAUAUAUGCUUUAUAGAGCUAUUCUCUCUUUGUGGCACAGUGGAUCCUUUUAAAUGUAGUUUUAUAUAAAACAAAUUGUUAUAAUUUGUAAAAAAAGAAAAAAAAGAAUUGUGGAGUUGGAAGGGACCCCCAGAGUCAUCUAGUCCAACCCCCUGCAAUGCAGGAAUCUCAGCUAAAGCAUCCAUGACAGAUGGGCCAUCCAACCUCUGCUUAAAAUCCUCCAAAGGACUUUUGUUUUCCUCAGAUUCCUGGGCUUUGCAUGCAGAAGAUCUCAGGGCUGGACUAAAUGACCCUUGGGGUCCCUUGCAACUCUAAAAUCCUGUGGUCCCCUGAUGGCAUCUGCAGGUAGGGCUGGAGAUAGGAUCGUGGAACUGUAGAGUUGGAAGGGACCCAUGGGUCAUCUAGUCCAACCCCCUGAAGUGCAGGGAUCUUUUACCCCAGGUGGGGCUCAAACCCACAACCCAGAGAUCAAGAGUCUCCUGCUCUACCGACGAAGCUUUUACUCUGACACUCUUUGGCCAAAUCUAGGCAGUAGGGGGAAGCACCUGCUCAGGUGGGCGGGGCCUAGGGAUAAAAGUGGGCAGGGCCUCGGUGCAAAGUGGGCGGGGCCUAUUGUUAAAAGUGGGCGGGGCAACAGGUGUGACCCUUCCUUUUUUGGCAAGAGGCCACAUUCCAGUGACAACCAAGUCUAAAUCCUAAAUCUUCUGGGCCCUUUUGAACAAAGAACUCCUGCCUGUAGCACCCCUUUACCCUUUCUCGCUCUUUAUUUAUAGUUUUAUUAGAUUUUUCUAAUUCACAUUUCAAGAUAUUCAUUUAAGCAACCUCAAAUCAUUGACUUCCCUUCCCUUCUUUCCAUGGUUCAUUUUGCCUACCAUACAUCCCUGCAUAUUGUGAAUGACCUAAACCAUUCCGUAUUCCAUUGUUACACCAUCAAAACUUAUUUGCCCUAUUGAAUUGACCUUAAGGCUGCCGGCGUUUUUAAAUGUAUACAACUUUCACCCACUUAAUCAGUAAACAUUUUCCAGUCUUCUUUAAACAUGCAUACUUCUUGCUCUCUUAUCCUGUAUGUCAAAUCUGCAAGCUGUGCAUAUUCCAUCAGUUCAAGUUUCCAUUCUUCUUUGGUUGGGACCUCGCUCUGUUUCCAUUUUGGGGCUUGCAAAACACAGUAGUAGCAGUAGUAGCAUACAUAAAGGUAAAGGGACCCCUGACCAUUAGGUCCAGUUGUGGCCGACUCUGGGAUUGCGGCGCUCAUCUGGAGCCGGCGUACAGCUUCCAGGUCAUGUGGCCAGCAUGACUAAGCCGCUUCUGGCGAACCAGAGCAGCGCACGGAAAUGCCGUUUACCUUCCCACUGGAGCAGUACCCAUUUAUCUACUUGCACUUUGACGUGCUUUCGAACUGCUAGGUUGGCAGGAGCAGGGAGCGAGCAACGGGAGCUCACUCCGUCGUGGGGAUUUGAACUGCUGACCUUCUGAUCAGCAAGCCCUAGGCUCUGUGGUUUGACCCACAGCGCCACCUGCGUCCCUUCAGUAACAUACAUAAAUGUUUUUUUUGACACCUGGGAAUUUCCCUCCGAAUUAUCCCCAACAAAAAGGACUCCGGUUUGUUGGUUUUGGAAAGGUACUUAAAAAACAACCAAAAAAACCACAAUUCAUUAUACAGUCGUACCUCAGAAGUCGAACAGAAUCCAUUCCAGAAGUCGACUUCUAAAGCAUGGCUUCCGAUAGGCUUCAGGAAGAACUUUGGAAAACCGGAACACUCACUUCCCGUUUUCAAUCGUUCGGGAGCUGAGGUACGACCGUACAGUGGUACCUCGGGUUAAGUACUUAAUUUGUUCUGGAGGUGAGGUCCGUUCUUAACCUGAAACUGUUCUUAACCUGAAGCACCACUUUAGCUAAUGGGGCCUCCUGCUGCCGCCACCGUGCAAUUUCUGUGCUCAUCCUGAAGCAAAGUUCUUAGGCCGAGGUACUAUUUCUGGGUUAGUGGAGUCUGUAACCUGAAGCGUAUGUAACCUGAAAUGACUGUAACCCGAGGUACCACUGUAUAUCCUCUCAAAGAGUGUCCCUCACCCUUUCUCGAUCUCCCUCCCUCCCUGCCUGCCUCUUCCCUCUGCAGCCGGCCGCUGAGAUUGAAGCUCGAGAGCUUGCAGUGCCACUUCACCUGGGACUUUGAGAUAAAGGACAAGGUGGAUGCCUUGCACAUCCUGCAAACCCUGGCUCCGCAGGCCCAGCACACCCCGCACCACAACCGAGGAGCCUACCUUGCCAUGAGGGCCUACCUCCAGAACUUCCAGGGGAACUACAAGGAGGCCCUGGACAGCCUCCGAGAAGCAGAGUGUGCUCUGAAGCGGGACCACCCCACCAACUUCUCCCGCCAGGCCCUGGUGACCUACGGCAACUACGCCUGGGUCUACUACCGCUUGGUCAAUUACGACAUGGUGGACCUCUACCUGGGACGCAUCCACGACAUCUGCCGGUCCUUGGCCAGCCCAGAGGCAUACUCUGCGAUGAUCCCUGAAGUCCACGCUCAGAAAGGCUGGUCCCUCCUGGCCGGGGGCUUCCGGAACUGGGACCAGGCCGCAGAAUGUUUCCGGAAGGCGCUGGAGGCGGAAGAGUCCAACGAGGAGUUCCAGGCCGGACUGGCCAUCUCCGUUUAUGCCUCCUACACUCAUUCCUGGACCACCGAAAAACGGGAAGAAGCCCAGAAGUUGCUGGAAGAAGUCGUCGCUCGCCAGCCGCAAAACUACGAAGCCAAAGCUUAUUUGGCUCAGACACUUAUGGCGGUGGACAAGGAAAGAGCGCUCUUCCUUGUGGACGAUGUUGCCCGGGAGAGCGUGAACCCCGAAGUCCUCCGAAUCGUCUCCAAGCUGUACAAGCAGCAAUCCUUUCCCCGUACCAUUUCCAUUCUGAAGAAGGCCAUUUCCAUUCUGAAGAAGGCCAUCGCCUUAGAUCCCGGCUACCAUCUCCUACACUACGACCUUGGCAUGGGCUACCUGCAGAUGUUGGAGCACUCUCCAGGCGAUGUCAGAGAAGAAGCCAUCGAGCCUGCCAUUGAGAGCUUCAAACGCGCUCUGGAGAUGGAUCCUUUCUCCAUCUUCACCCAGCUGAAGCUGGCGAAAGCUUACGGUGAGAGGUCACCGGCUUACGAGGAAGAGAUCUACCUUAACCUGAUGGAGGAGCUCCCGGAAGCCAGCAAGAGAUGCCAGCAGUCCAUCUACAUGCACUGGGGGGACUUCCUCCUCCACAAGAAGGGGGUGAAGAGCCAGGCCCUGGACAUGUACCAGGCGGCUGCCAGGAUCCCCGGAGACCACUCCCUUGAGAGGAAGCAGCUGGAAAUUCGCCUGAAGAGGCUGGCGAGGAUGUUCAGGGAAGACGGAGAAAUGGAGCAAGCGAGCGCUGUCUACAGCUUACUUAAAGAAACAGGGCUUCAGGUUACAAGUCAACAGGACGGAUCGUGGCGAAGGGGUUCGUGGCGAGGGAACGACAGGGCCCAGCAGUGAAGGACCUCCACACUCACACACUCGCAGAGAGGCAGGGGGUUGUGGCUCUUUCCUUCCAGUUUGGGAAGAGGCUCUUCCUGCAGCCUCUGAGCCCCUGGACCCUCCAGCAGUUUUUGCUGGGGAAAAGCUGAUUUCCAUGAAGUUUCGUUGCAGUCCCCUCCCCGCACUAAAGGAGAGAAAAAAAGCUUCCAGUUGUGUUUAUCUGCGAAAAAUGUGGUUGUUUCUAGAAGUGGCAUUGCUAUUAUUAUUAUUAUUAUUAUUAAUUAUUAUUACUAUUACUAUUUGUAGUCCUGGAUCCUGCAAGGGUUAAAAUCUAAUGGAGGAUUCCAUUGCUGAACCAAGGAGCAAGUUUCUUUGUGGAAUAAUGGCUGUAGUUGCCACGCUAAAUACUGCCAUUCCUUCUCUUGAAUAGACAUGGGUUUCCCAAUCUUUUUUCCCUCCAGACUACAACUCCCAUCAUCACUAGCUAGCAGGACCGGUGGUCAAGGAUGAUGGGAGUUGUAGUCCAAAUGCAGCUGGAGACUCAAGUUUGGGAAACUCCGAGUUAGACAAAGGCUGUUCAGUGCAAUGAUCAGUUUGUUUGGCGCUUGAUUCCAAGGCUGUCAGUAUGGAAGAAGCAAGACCUUUUGGAGUGUUAAGUCUGCGAGCCCCUCCAUCUUGGGCUUAGGUUGUAUAUAUGCUGUGCAAAUAAACCAUAUAUCCUAAAGACACCACGGUCUCCACUGUUGCCUGUUCCAAGGAAACUGAGCCCUGGGAUAUUGCUCCGCUCAGAGAUUUGGGUGCCACGUAAUAGUAUUAAGAUUAUGGUGACCACAUAUUGCUUGGCCGUCACCCUAAGGUCCCAGGGCGGGUUGCAACCAUUCAAGUUAUUAAUAUAUAGAAAGAUGGCAUUGCACAAUAUUGCAAACAGUUUAAAGCCAAGUAGGAAUUGCUGGG